ACGAGUGUGUAGGUUGGUUGUUGUCAGAUUGUGCACUGAAGAAUUGGCAGCAGCCCAUAUACAAUGUAGUUCUUUACUAGGCUAAGUGGAAUUAGCCGUUUAGGACUGCUCAUAGAAAUUAAUAUGUUUUUUCAGCCAGAAAAACAAUUAUAAAAUAAAAUAACGCAUUUUAUUAAAGUAAUUCGUUUGGGAAAACUUAACUAUCAUCACAAAAGAAAGUAGCUCAUAAGCUAGCGAGUGUGCUAAAGCAAAAGUAUUUGCACACAAACUUUAUUUUUUGACUGCUAAUCGGACGGAAACCUCUGCUGGAGUAUCAGCUCUAGGAGUUUGCGAGACUGGUGAACUUUUUAAAGACUUUUGAAAGCACAAAGCGACGGUGGGGAUGUCGUGUCGGAAUGGAGUGGCCCGGGUGGUUAACGUUAAUCAAGGACUGCAGCCCCUCCGAGCCACGGUCCCGUUUCAGCUCCAGAACCGUCCAGCACCGCGCUGCAAAGACACCAGGACAGCCGAGUACAAGACGAAAGGUCGGCCGCCGAAGCCAACCUUACGACGGACAUUGUCUCUGGACACACUGGUGGGACCGUACCUUCAGGGAAACUGGCCUAGAGACCCAGAGUAUCAGCCUGUUACCUGUGUCAAUGACAAGGCCACACAGACUCCCAGUUCCUGGAUAGAGGAGACUCGGGGGCGGAGAGGCGGCAGCGGUCACAAGCGUUCGGCAUCAUGGGGUAGUGCUGAACACCUCAGAGAGGUUGCUAAACUUCGCCAGUCCUUACAGAAACGCUCCAGACAUGCACCUCCUGCCAUGGACUGUGACCAGACACACCAACACAUACACAACAGCCAAACACACUCGCCUGGAAGUACACAGACGAUGCCUCUGAUUCCACUGAGCCGAUUGGCCCCCCGACUGAGACGCAGUGUUGAAGGACUGAACCUGGAGCUGGAGGGAGUCUUUGUGUCUGAAACGGCAAAGGAACAGCACAAAAUUCUGGAUGUACCUGAUGGCCACAGAGCCCCCGUCCCAGCUCAAAGGUACAGCAGCGCUUCACAGAGCGACCCUUCUCCUGCCCAGCUGUCCCCUUCACACUCUCCCUGCCCCAUCACAGACACUGAUACGGUUCUGUGCGGACCGCUCUGUUCGUCUUCCUCCCCUCCUCUAUGUAUUUCUGAGCCAUCAUCAUCUUCUCCUCGUCCCAACAAGACGUACGUCUUUCAGAGAGAACCUCCAGAGGGCUGCGAGAGAGUACGUGUGUCUGAAGAAGCCAUCCUUCUGUGUGAUGGAAAUGCUCCUUUUCAGCCGUCCUGUCCUGAUCCUAACAAGGUGAAUUUCACACCUCACGGUGGCUCCGCCUUCUGUCCUGUCAGUCUCCUGAAGCCCCUCCUCCCCUCAAUGGACCUGUUAUUUCGUGGCCUGUCUGUUUCACCCGUCACUGGCUGUUCGGCUCUAAGUGCUGCCCCCUGUCAGACUCCGGGACACGCUGUGGGUGGCUAUUUGAGCGGCACCCUUCCGGACCCUACCACCACCUCUCUGUGAAAUGAGGACAUUCUUGAUGAGGAAAGAAAACGAAAGAUUGUUAUACCUUAGUCCCAUCUCAUCGGCGACUUUGGCAUUAAAGCUUCUCCAAAAGAAGAAAUGCCAUCCACGCGGUAUCUGAUUGGUUUUGAUCGGCACAGAGACGGAAAAACAUCAUGAGGGGAAACUUUUUUUCAUCUAAAACUAUGGUGGACUCUCUCCAAUGUGAUUUGUCUGCGACCUUUUGACCUCAGGACACUCCACUUGGCACUUGUGAUCAUUUCUUUUCACGUUAUAGCAUUUAACUAUUGCUAUAUUUUUUCACAUUUCUAUAAAACAAUACCGAUGACUAUUCUUCAUCUGUGCAAGAAAAUAUUUAUAGCUUUGUCAGAAGAGUUAUUCGGAGCAUUCGCUAUCAUAUUUUGUCUAUCAGACGGAUUAUAAAACAUAUAUGCUAUAAGCCUGACCCACUGCAUGAUGGUUUUACAGAACUUGUUUCUUUAUUCAGUAUUUACAGACACCGGUCUUUACGGCAUGCUGGACUUUUUACCAGCACAAAAGAGCCAGUAAUAGACCAGAGUGUCUCUCAUAAGCUGUUCAUUACAGUGGCAUUUCUUUUUAACGGCUGACCAAGGAGGGUUUUAAAGGCUGGGUUUUUUUGGUAGUUCACAAAAUAUACAUUUAGACAUCAUUAAGCACUAGGUGUUUUAAUGAAUCUCACCAAAUGUUCAGUGAAAAGCUAUUAUUCAUAAAGUAAUGUUACAGAGCUUGUCAAAAAAUGUCCCGAUCAUAUUUCACCACUAAUAAAAUUAAAUAAAGAAUACAUUUGUAUUAGGAUUUUCAUUGUGUCAUAAUUGUAGGUCAAGUAAGCACAUGUUACUGUAUUAAAGUUAAAAAGUAAAUAAAUAUUUGUAUAUGUACGAAUAAAAUGGGUACGAAGAUUAUUUUUCAACUUUAUCUUUUGAGUUUGGAUUGAAAUAUGAUGGGGAUAUUUUCUUAAAAGAUGUUAUGUGAGAUUCACCGGUCCAGAGAAACAGUUUACAGUUGUAAUUUAAUAAGAGAAAAGCAGAUGCCAUUAUUGCUUGUUUAUUCUGAGGUCUUCAUGUACUGCGUGUUAAAUUUGGUAUAAGACAAGAAUACCGACGGGACCCCAUUAAGGGUUUAUUUCGCUACGCACUUGAUAAGUGUGCUGUAUGUUUUUCUGAGUUUCACUUCAGACUUGACUACUAAUUUAACCCACAGUGGUCAUAUUGUUCAGUUCAUUUGAGCAUCAAGCUGUUCCACAAACACUCUACAUAAGACACAAGCACGUUUGCUGCAUUCAGGUACAAUAUGUGCAAAUCAUACAGAACGAGACUUCCAGCAAAUUAUUGUUUGCUGACAUCUAAAGCACUGUUAUUAUCCUAUAUGCUUGCAUGGAUUGUCUCAGUCUUGGCAUCAUCCAUUCAGUUUUUUUGUUUAAGUUCUCACUUGUUACCUUGUUGUGUAAGGGUGCUGUUUCAUUGACAUUGUUCUCAGAUAUUUUGUCUUGAGUACAAUUAUAGUACACCAAACUUGUUUUGUUCUAUAUAUUGUACAUUUAUGUUACUCAGUUUUGGCUGCCAUAAAUGAAAAGCGCUGAGAA